CAACAUCUUACCUUAACAGCAAGGCAACCUCCUGCCUCCCAUGUGGCUGUCAUGAUUCCACAUUGCACCGCCCAAACUAGAUCGACCAAUACACAGAGUGGCCUGCGUAUCACCUGGCCUUGUGUCACCUCAACCACGAGCAGUCCAGAUUGUCGGCUGGCCAAUACACUCGCCCACCUGGAAACCACGGCUCCUCCCGGGUUACCUAAAGUGAUCGAACGAGAGACAGGAAACAAAAGAUGGCCACCAAUCUGACCUUACCCACCCCACCAUUCAUCCACGCCCCUGGGAUUGAGAAUCUUCGAGACGCCGGCGGUUACCCAGUCGAGAGCCAGAACGGCAAGGCUGUCCGCAGGGGAAUCCUCUUCAGGGCCGCUGACCCAACGCACCUCGACGAAGAAGGGGUGGCUAUCCUCCAGCGCCUGGGAAUCACACAUAUUUUCGACCUCCGUUCUCUGGUUGAGCUGGCUAAGGGGAGGGAGCAGCCUAGGGAAUGGGAGGGCGCCCGCAGGGUACCCACGCCUGUGUUCCUUGACAAGGACUACAGCCCUGAGGCUCUUGCGCUUCGGCUCCGUAAUUACAGUGUCGGUACAGAGGGUUUUGUGAGGGCUUAUGCCUCAAUUUUGUCUGGGGCCAUCAGCCCAGACAACGCUUACCGGCCCUUCCAGACUAUUCUUGAACACCUUGCCUCAGACCCAAACCCUCCAACACCGAUACUGAUCCACUGCAGCGCCGGGAAAGACAGAACCGGCGUAAUCGUCGCCCUUGUCCUUGCCCUCUGCGGCGUCUCCGACAACGUGAUCGCCCACGAGUACUCCCUCACCGAAUUGGGACUCGCCCGCCUCAAGGAGCCCAUAGUGGAAAGACUCACCGCACCGGGGGCGCCCCACGAGGGCAACAGAGCCGCGGCCGAGGUUCAGAUUGGAGCGCGGAAAGAGUACAUGCUGGCCACCCUAAGGUAUAUCAGACAGGAGUAUGGAAGCGUGGAAGAGUACUUGCUCGAACGUAUGGGGCUGAGCCAGGAGACCCUGGACAAGAUCAAGAAGAACCUGGUCGUCGACCUGGCGGAGGGAGAGGAAACGGUGCCGUGGGAAGGGAAUGAGGAGUUGGUUUCUGCCCAGAUUGCUCGUCUUUGAGACGCUUCAAUCCUGGAUAGGCGCAAAGUUCUAGGUAGACAGUAGACGACAGAUCAAGACAAGACAAUAGACUGGAGGGUUUUUUUUUUCUG